GAAGAAAGUGAGAGAAGGAAGGAAGAAGAAAUAUAUAGAAAGGGUUUGUAUGUAUAAUUAAAGAUGGGGAGAGUGAAGCUGGAGAUAAAGAAAAUCGAGAACACAACGAAUCGGCAAGUCACCUUCUCCAAGCGCCGAAACGGUCUCAUCAAGAAAGCUUAUGAGCUUUCUGUUCUCUGCGAAGUUGAUGUCGCCCUCAUCUUGUUCUCCCCUUCCGGUAGACUCACUGCCUUUUCCGGAAAUAAUAAAAGCAUGGAAGACAUUAUGAUGCGAUAUGUAAAUCUUCCUCAGCAGGAGAGAGGGCGCCUACAAAACCAAGAGUUUCUGCAAAGGGUUAUUACCAAGUUAAAAUAUGAAUCAUCAGAUCUGAUUUCUCAACAGGCCAGCCCCUUGAGCAUUAUUGCAGAUUCUCAGCUGGAGGAACUUCAACAACAACUUGCACAAUGCAAGUCCCGGCUAGAAGAAGUGGAGCAGCGACUGAGAGUGUAUGAAUGCGAUCCAAGAGAGAUUACAACGUUGUGCGAGGCGCAGUACAGGGAGAGGAUAUUCGAGAACAACCUCAACCAAAUCCGACAACGCAAACGAUUUUUGGAAGAGAAUGGGAGGAGGGAUGAUGAUCAAUUUGGAUUUGAUAAUUGGGUUCAUCCCGGAGUUGCUGAUAAUAGAGAUGAUUCACAAUCCCAAAUCUUCAACUUUCUUGAUUCCAAUGCCCUUCUUCCUCUCAGAGAUGAAAGCGGUGGAAGCGCCGAGGACAUAGCGGUGCCUAUCCUUCACAUGCAAAACGCACACAGUCAGCACGAGAUGAGCUCAAGCGGAAGCAUUCCGGAGGGUGGUGGGCCAUGGGCCACAUCGGACAAUUACGCCCGGCCCCAAUCACCAGGUGCAAACGUUUGCUUACCGUCGACAUAUCACAGAGAGCGUGCGAUGCUUGAGGCAUUCAUUUCUCAGCUCACCACCCCAACGCUUUCUCAAGAUCUUAUCUGAUUGCGUCAUUAUAUUUUCGAGCUCGCAAAUAUAAAUAUAUAUAUGCAUAGGGUACAUUAUCUUCUUUAGUGGAGUACUUAUAAAUAUACCUAUCAUCUAUCCACAAGGACCAUAAGCAUAGUUUCGAUCUAUCAUAUAUGUACGUAUAUUAGUUCAAUUUUAAUGGAUUCCUCUGUUCUAUAAAAGUUGCAACAUUAGAAUUUCU